CCCCGGACGAGUCGGUCGCCGCCGCUCGUCUUUUCGCGUGUGUUGUGGUUUUAAGUGUGCCUAGUGGAAGCUGCGCUGAACCAACACUCCUCUCUACGCAGAUCCGGCUGAGUCCGGCCGCAUAGCGGCCCUUUGGAUUUUGUUUUUUAUUUGUGAGACAAGUGAUCAGUGAAGUGCUAAGUGACAAAGUUAACAUGGCGUGUAUCCCCCUAUUUGCCCUCGUGGCACUGAUCGCAUUGGGAUCAGUGUCAUGCGAGGACGAGACCAUAGGCCCGAUAUUCAUGAAGGAACCCCCGAACCGAGUGGACUUCAGCAACACGACCGGAGCUGUGGUGGAGUGCGCAGCGAGAGGAUCCCCCGUGCCCGAUGUGAUCUGGGUGCGCUCCGAUGGUACGGCUGUUGGCGACGUCCCUGGAUUGCGACAGGUCUUGCCCAAUGGAAACUUGGUAUUCCCUCCGUUCCGUGCUGAGGACUACCGGCAAGAGGUCCAUGCCCAGGUGUACGCUUGUCUGGCCCGCAACCCCGUUGGUACUAUCCAUUCACGAGACGUUAACGUGCGAGCUGUGGUAAAUCAGUUCUAUGAAGCCGAAAUUCUGAACGAGUAUGUAAUUAGGGGAAAUGCUGCAGUCCUUAAAUGUUCCAUUCCUUCAUUCGUAUCCGACUUUGUAAAAGUAGAAGAAUGGAUUGAUGAAGAAGGCACAGUGAUUGGUCAAUCCAAUAACCUCGACGGAAAGUACUUGGUUUUACCCUCUGGAGAGUUGCAUAUUAGAGAUGUCGGACCCGAGGAUGGUUACAAAUCAUAUCAAUGCCGAACCAAGCAUAGACUAACUGGCGAAACUCGAUUAUCCGCUACUAAAGGACGUCUCGUCAUCACCGAACCGGUCGGCUCCAAAGCGCCUACUUUUUCAUCCGACGCUAAUAGUAUAAGUUUUACGCGGACUAUUGGCCAGAGUUUUGGGUUGCUAUGUCAAGCUCAGGCCUUCCCAACUCCAAUUUUCAGAUGGUACAAGUUUAUCGAUGGCACUCCCAGGAAACAACCAGUUACGCUCAAUGAUAGAGUAAAGCAAGUGUCUGGAACUUUGAUCAUUAAAGAGGCUAAAGUUGAGGACUCUGGAAAAUACCUGUGCGUUGUGAACAAUUCCGUUGGUGGCGAGUCUGUAGAAACGGUGCUCACCGUGACGGCCCCACUGAAAGCGACUGUAGAGCCGGCCACGCAGACCGUAGACUUCGGAAGACCAGCCGUGUUCACCUGCCGCUAUGAGGGCAACCCCGUCAAGACCAUCACGUGGCUGAAGGACGGCAAGGACAUGAAGCACCAUGACCCUGUUCUGAGGAUCGAGUCUGUCAAGAAGGAAGACAAGGGAAUGUACCAAUGCUUCAUUCGCAACGACCAGGAGAGUGCCGGCGCCAGUGCUGAACUUAAACUCGGAGGACGAUUCGAACCACCCCAAAUCCGCCACAGCUUCGGCGAGCAGACCCUCCGCUCCGGACCCUCCCUUCGUCUCAAGUGCGUCGCAUCUGGCAACCCCACGCCCGACAUCGCUUGGUUACUGGACGGCGAAAAGCUGAGCAGCGGCGAGCGACUUCAGAUCGGGCAGUUCGUGACGGCUGAUGGCAACGUGGAAUCACACCUGAACAUUUCUUCUGUGCACACCAACGACGGCGGCUUGUACUCCUGCAUCGCUUCUAGCAAGGUCGGCAGCGCCUCCCACUCGGCCCGCGUGAAUGUAUACGGUCUGCCCUACAUCCGGCCCAUGAAGAAACGCCCCGUAGUCGCUGGAGAUACGCUCAUCGCUCACUGCCCCGUUGCCGGAUACCCCAUCGACUCUAUUGUUUGGGAGAGAGACGGACGAGUACUGCCAAUCAACCGCAAACAGAAGGUGUUCCCUAAUGGUACCCUGGUGAUCGAAAACGUUGAGCGCAUGAGCGACCAGGCCACCUACACUUGCGUCGCUAAGAACUCUCAGAGCUACACUGUUAAAGGAAAUCUUGAGUUGCAGGUCAUGGUUUUACCUCAAAUCCAUCCUUUCACCUUCGGGGAGGAGCCAGCCAAUGCAGGAGACACUGUUGGCGUGCAGUGCAUGGUAACGAAGGGCAAUACCCCAGUGAACAUCACGUGGUUUUUAAACGGGAAAUCCAUCCAAGACGUCCGCGGGAUCACAGUCACUAAGAUCGGGCACAAGUCCAGCAGUCUAUCGAUAGAUUCCGUAGCUUCCACACACACAGGAGUGUACACUUGUUUUGCAUCCAACCAAGCCGGUCAUGCUAACUACUCAACUGAGUUAGCAGUCAACGUUCCCCCUCGUUGGAUUUUGGAACCCACUGAUAAGGCUUUUGCCCAAGGCUCAGAUGCUAAGGUUGAAUGUAAAGCCGAUGGCUUCCCCAAGCCUCAAGUGACAUGGAAGAGGGCUGAAGGGGACACGCCUGGCGAUUACAAAGACCUUAAGCCAAACAACCCUAAUGUAAAAGUUGAGGAUGGCACUCUUACGAUUAAUAACAUUCAAAAGACGAACGAAGGAUAUUAUCUGUGUGAGGCCGUCAAUGGAAUUGGAUCUGGACUGUCUGCUGUUAUCUUGAUCAGUGUUCAAGCACCACCCCAGUUCGAGAUUAAAAUGAGGAACCAAACUGCCCGCCGAAGUGAACCAGCUGUACUGCAGUGCCAGGCCAAAGGAGAGAAGCCUAUUGGAAUCAUUUGGAACAUGAACAACAAACGCCUUGAACCCAAAUCUGACCCCCGAUACACCAUCCGCGAAGAAAUUCUGCCUGGAGGAGUGGUUUCCGACUUGAGCAUUAGAAGGACUGAACGAUCUGACAGCGCUCUGUUCACUUGCGUCGCUACCAACGCCUUUGGAUCCGAUGACACAAGCAUUAACAUGAUCAUUCAAGAGGUCCCCGAAGCGCCAUACGGUCUGAAGGUAUUGGACAAAUCUGGAAGGACCGUUCAGUUGUCUUGGGCUGCACCUUACGACGGCAAUUCUCCCAUCAAGAAGUUCCUCAUUGAAUACAAACGCGCCAAGGGCAACUGGGAAAAAGAUAUUGACAGAGUUCUUGUACCUGGUGACGCGACUGAAGCCGGUGUAUUCAGCCUGAGACCUGCCACCGCUUACCAUAUCAGGAUCGUCGCUGAGAAUGAACUUGGCACCUCGGAACCAUCUGAAACUGUUACCAUCAUCACUGCUGAAGAAGCCCCAACUGGCCCACCGCAAGACGUCAAAGUCGAUGCCAUUGACAAGCACGCUCUCCGAGUCACCUGGAAACCACCCCCAACUCAGGACUGGAAUGGCGAACUUCAGGGAUACUAUGUUGGCUACAAACUGGCUUCAAGCAACAAAUCAUUUGUAUUCGAGACCGUCGACAUCUCUAAGGAAUCUGGCAAGGAACACCAUCUGGAUAUUCUGAAUCUGAAAACAUACACGCAAUACGCUGUCGUAGUCCAGGCUUUCAACAAGAUCGGAUCAGGACCAGUGUCUGUUGAAGUCCGAGCGUAUACUGCCGAAGGCGCUCCCUCUGCUCCUCCCCAGGACGUUCUCUGCACCACCCUCACUGCCCAAACCAUCCGCGUUUCUUGGAUCUCUCCCCCUCUUGCUGCCGCCAAUGGACUCAUCAAGGCAUACAAAGUUAUCUAUGGACCCAGCGAUACCUGGUAUGAUGAGAAGACCAAGGACACCAAGAUCACUGCUAGCAGCGAAACGAUUCUCCACGGACUGAAGAAAUACACUAACUACUCAAUGGAAGUGCUCGCUACCACGAACGGAGGAGAUGGCGUACGAUCCACACCUAUCCAUUGCCAGACUGAACAAGACGUACCUGAGGCACCACGCGCCGUGAAAGCUCUCGUCAUGGGUGAAGACUCUAUCCUUGUCUCGUGGAGGCCCCCAGCGCAGCCCAACGGUGUCGUCACUCACUACAACGUUUACACGCAAGCACAGAACGCCGAACCACACCCCAACAAGGUACCCGCAUCCCAAACGAGCUACUCUGCGACCGAACUGAAAAAUGGCCGUUACGACUUCUGGGUGACUGCCUCCACCAUCAUCGGAGAAGGACAGCCCUCAGCCACGGCCUCUUGCAGCCCAAGCGACAAAGUUCCCGCUAAAAUUGCUUCAUUCGACGAAUCCUUCACCGCCACAUACAAGGAAGACGUAAAACUGCCCUGCCUCGCCGUUGGUGUACCAUCGCCCAACAUCAUUUGGAAGGUGAAAGGCCAGCCCCUGGUGCCGUCUGAACGUGUCCGCCAGCUGCCCGAAGGUUCACUUCAGAUCGCGGGCGUCGCGCGCGAGGACGCCGGCGAGUACUCCUGCCACGUCGACAACCAGUUCGGAACCGAUACCGUCACGCACACGCUCUCUGUUCUUGCGCCGCCCUUCCCUCCUCAGCUGACGGUUGCCUCUUCCUCCGUGUCGUCGCUGACCAUCCGCCUGAAGCCCUCGGAGCAGCCCGAGCAGUCGCCCGCCGCCGGCUACACCAUCCACUACAAGCAGGAGUUCGGAGACUGGGAGACUGUUCAGAUCCCAAGCAACACUGAUACCUACACUCUGGAGAACUUAGUUUGUGGUACCAGAUAUCAACUGUACGUCACGGCAUACAACAGCAUCGGCACCGGCGAGGCCUCAGACAUGGUGGGCGCCCGCACCCGCGGCUCCAAGCCCCCGGUGCCCCGCGCGGCUGACUUCAUCGAGGUGGCCUCUACGUCCGUGACCCUGCACUUCAAGCAAUGGCUGGAUGGCGGCUGCUCUAUGAGCCACUUCGUCGUCGAGAACAAGAAGAAGGGCGCUGUUGAAUGGAACCAGAUCUCCAAUAACGUCAAGCCUGCUAGCAACUUUGUCGUACUUGACCUGGAACCGGCUACUUGGUAUGUCCUGAGGAUCACGGCUCACAACAACGCUGGAUUUAACGUCGCCGAAUAUGAAGUCGCUACUCUUACUGUCACUGGUGGAACUAUCGCUCCUCUGCCCGGCAAUAUCGACGGCGACAAGGAAUUGCCUCCCUGGGUGAAGGCCUGGCUCGAACCAGAGGUUUUGGUGCCAAUCCUGGCCACGAUUGUGGUAUUCAUCGUGGGCGUCGUGGUGAUCUGCCUGACCCUCGCUCGCAGGAACACGCCCCACCGCCUGCGAGGUCAGAAGGACGGUUACUACGAUGGUGUCUACAACGCGUCCCAGGCGGCUAUGGGCGGCGGCGGAGGCACCCUCGACAAGCGCGGCGGCCUGCGCGACGAGCUCGGCUACAUCGCACCCCCCAACCGCAAACUGCCCCCUGUACCCGGAUCCAACUACAACACUUGCGACCGCGUGAAGAGGCAGGCUGUCAUCAUGGGCGCGCACUCCACGUGGGACCCGCGCCGCCACCACUACGAGCGCGUGCGGCGCCCGCGCAUGCGCCGCGCCGGCUCCGGCGACACCGUGUCCAUAGGCAUGGAGGACGAGAUCUGCCCGUACGCGACCUUCCACCUGCUGGGCUUCCGCGAGGAGAUGGACCCCAGCAAGGCGCUGGCCUUCCCGCACCACCACCCGGCCCACGCCGGCACCCUGGCCCACCCCCACCCCCACCACCCCGCUCACUCCCGCGCCGGAUCUCAAAGCAUGCCCCGUGCCAACAGCCGCUACGCCCGCAAGAACUCGCAGGGAGGCCAGAGCGCAAUCUACUCCACCGCGCCCGAGUACGACGACCCGGCCACCUGCGCUGAAGAGGACCAAUACCGCGCCCGUUAUUCCCGCCCCAUGUACGCCUGCGGACCCGAGUACGAUGAGCCUGCAUGCUGCGCGCCCGAGGAUGAGCAAUACACUGGCGCUUAUGGAACCCCCUACUCCGACCACUAUGGAUCCCGACCCAGCAUUGGAACCCGCAAGUGCGGCGGCUCUCCCGAGCCUCCUCCACCACCGCCGCGCAACGCUAACACCGACAACAACUGCUCCUCCUCCUUCAACGAGAGCAAGGACUCCAACGAGAUCUCCGAGGCCGAGUGCGACCAGCCACGCAACUACCCCGUAAGGGCCCACACUGCCAAGGACGGCUUGCACAGCGAGGAAAUGAGGAAACUCAUUGACAGACCAGAAGCAGCCACCCCAAUCCCCCAGCAAGCAGUCCACGGGCGGGGACUCACAGCCUACGAUACUGUGGCAGUGUAACCUGUAAAGGGUCACGCGACCACGCCGCGGCACACGGCCACACCUAGCUUUCAUUUGUGAACCUCUCCCGUUUAAGGAACGUCGCUCCCUCGCUGAAGCAAUCGUCCGCUUAUUACUACACUCUCGUUCGCAUCGUAGCUUUAUUUUCGCGCUCUUUCAAACUACUUUACGCCAUUUUACCAGCGACAAAUUGCAUCAGCGAGGCAGCGACCCGCGUGCCAAAAAUGUUAUUUCAGUUUUGUGUGCCGCCCUUUGUGUUGCUGUUUAUUUUACAUUUAUCCCAACUUAGUUGGCUGGAUUUCUUUUUAGUUUUUAACUUGAACGCGCACAUUUGUGCCAUAAACGAACGCAUGACCCACGAGUGGGCCUAGGUUGUCUGUAGUAAACAUGCCGAUGAGUGAUUUGUAAAAUUAAAGUAUACCCAAUCCCUUGUAGACCCCAACGCGUCGUAGUGGUACCAAAAUUCCGAAAAUGAUGGUUGUGGUAGUUAUUUCAAAUUGAUAAAUUAUUAUAAUGACUUUAUUAAUGUGACGCGUUAAAACCAUAUAAUCACAAUUAUAUCGCUCGCAAAUUGGCAUAUUCACUAUAGAUAAAAUCCGUACCCUUCUCAGUGGAUUGGUACGUUACUGUAGUUAACCUUUUUUGAUCUUAUUUGUUUAGCUUAAUUUAAAGAAAGUUUCGAAGGAAAGCUGCUUUGGGGUGAUGGAUAAGGAAUCGAUUUAAAUUAAGCUCAACAUGUAAUAAUGUGAUAUUUUGUAUUUUUAUCCCAUUUUAAUUUGUAUUUUGAUAUACUAACAUGAUUGUUAUUUAUAUUUUGUGUAUGUGUAGAACGAUAAUUUUAGACUAAACGACCUUACGGUUGGAAACAAUGCUUCCUUUUUUACAAGAUGUUAUGUACGGUUUUCAUAAUGCUUUUACCGACCUAGCUUUAUUUUUUCGGCGUAAUAUUUUUCAUUGUUUUUUUGCGCAUAACACUACAUAGGCUAAGAAUAGGCGUAAGAUUAUUCUAGUAAUUAAUCAACUCUUACAAAAUACCUACUAUAUAAUCCGUAGCUAGUUAGUAACAUGUGUUAUGCAAUUAAAGUAUAUUAAAAUUAAUCAAUGUUAGUUAUACCGUAAACCGUAUAACAGGACACGCCCGUACCAUAACACAAAAGUUACCUAAUGAAAUGUAAUAUGGCCGGGUUGAAAUCGAUAACAUCAUCCAAAACGUAAUAGACUAUACUACAGACACGGAAUUUAAAUGCUUUUUAAUAUUACUCUAGAAUAAUAAGGUGCAUUUUUAUUACUCAUAAUCGUAAUUUUACCCUCUAUAUAGUAAACUAUGCAAGUGACUAGGUGUAAGACACGCGCGUGUCGUUUUCUAGAUGUUUCCCUUAUAUGUUGUGCAUCGUCGUGUAAGCUUUGCAAGUAGGCGUAGUUAGGUUCUCGCGACUUCCUAGCAACAGGUAUCUUCUCUUAACCUUCCAAUUAGAAAAUUCUGAAUAUAAUUAGAUAAAAAUUAUAUUGAACAAAUUAUGUAAUAAUGAAUUAAAAUUCAAAAUUAUAACUCUAGCUAUUUGAUCGAAAUUAAGAAAAAAUACCGUAAGCUGAAUAAUGCUGGAAUUAAAUAUAUUCUGAGUGUUUUUGAUGGUUUUUGCUCGUAUAACGUAUGUUUGGUUUGCUAAUAGUUGCAAAUUACGUUAUCUUCAAUAUUACGCAAUGUCAUAUUGCUAAACCGCAGCCAACUGUUUGUACCAAAGUGUUUGAUUUGUGUUGAAUAAAUUAUUCAAAUGUCAACUACAAAA